AUGGAUGACAACCGACGAGUACGAUGCACUUACAAGACCAACGCUGGCGUCAUUCAACUUGAUGUCCGCAAUCUUUCAGGCACUUCUUCACGGCGCCUUUUCACGGACCAGAGACCACCAAAUGAGAAAAUCCCGCGCCGCUCCGCAUUUAUCGAUUGCGCUUUACACCCAGUUUUAACAAACCAAAAUGAAAAGAAUGACUUACUGUCGCAAUCUAUUCAAAAGGCAAUGCUGUGGAAGAAAAGGUGUUGGGAUGAAGUCCAUCAGAUCACAGAAAAUGACCGAUUCUGUCUUGACCGGGUGUUUGUCAACAUCCAUCUCCCCUAUAUCUACCUUGGCUGCUUCAUAGUACCUCCAGCCGAAGAGAAGAUAAUAGACCUCGCUACUGCUGCUGCCCAUCGGGACUUCCAAGUUCUGGACUCUGUGAUUACCCUUUUACAGAAUCACUUCCCAUUCUGCAAAUGCAUCCAUCUGGUUAUAAAAACCAUUACGGAUCAAACCGUGGAGGUCAUCCCUUCACUUGCCGGCUUUGAAAACGUGAGAAAUCCGUAUUUUUGGGACGACAAGGCUUUGACAAGGGUGGUCGAGCUCCUCGAGGGCAGGGUAUUACAGCGCGUGGAUGAAUUAUAUCGCUCAAUGAUCCAGCAACAGCCACAGCUGUUGAAGGCAGAAUAUAUGCGCGAGGGCCUGUGGUUUUUGCCGUCUUUAUGGGAGCCAUUUGAGAAAGCUGCAAGAAGCAGAAACGCAAUUAUACGAGAUGGAGGCGUGGAGAGGUCAGAGAUUGCCGUUUGGCGGCCAGUGGACAAUUUGGAUACUACAGAGAUAAAGCGUGAGGGCGACGCAGGGUAUUAUGUCGCAACACAUAUGCUGGACGUGUACGAAUGGGGAGGGAUGGAAUUUGUCUAA